CGUAUAACGUUCUCUGCGUGUUUAUUUACAUCUGUUUACGUUUCCACCCAGUUGGGGCCUUUUGCACAAAUAAGCGAAAACCUAUUUAUUUCUUUGAAUUAAUAGAAACAAAAAAUUUAAAUGGAAGAGGAGGGACCACAAGAAGCAAGCAUUGAUUUUGUGCCAGCACUAUGCUUUGUGCCACGAGGUGUUGCCAAAGAACGACCAGAAAAAAUUGUGCUUUCACAAAAUGAGUUGGCACGUAUCAUUGAGGAAACGAGGAAUACACUAGCUGAAGACGGUGAAGAUGACGACGACGAUGAUGAGGAUGAAGAUCGAGAGGAAAAUAUGGAUGUUGAUGACGAAACAGCAGGUAACAGCACGAAUCGGAAUCCGGAUGAUGAAUUUGAUUUUGCCAACUAUGACCAAGAGGGUGUAUUGAAUACAGCCGAUAUUAGUGCUGUUGUUGAUCCCAAUGAACAACUGCCCGAUGAAGAUAAUGAUUCCGAAGCAGAAGAUGAAAUUAUUAAACCAACAGACAAUUUAAUUUUGGUGGGUCACGUGCAAGAUGAUGCUGCUUCCAUGGAAGUUUGGGUGUUUAACGAAGAGGAGGAAUCUCUUUAUACACAUCACGAUUUUAUACUGCCAAGUUUUCCGCUGUGCAUUGAAUGGAUGAAUCACGAUCCUGGUAGUGAUAAACCAGGCAAUAUGUGCGCUAUCGGCUGCAUGGAUCCAGUGAUCACAGUUUGGGAUUUGGAUAUACAAGAUUCAAUAGAACCCACUUUCAAAUUGGGCUCCAAAGGCAGUCGUAAGCAACAUAAGGAGGCGUAUGGCCACACAGAUGCUGUUCUGGAUUUAUCAUGGAAUCGCCAUUUUGAACAUAUACUCGCCAGUGGCUCUGUUGAUCAGUCAGUAAUACUAUGGGAUUUGGAUGAGGGACAACCGCAUACUACAAUAACAGCUUUUGAGGAAAAAGUUCAAUCAAUAGAAUUCCAUCCAGAAGAAGCGCAAAGUAUAUUGGCCGGCAGUGCAGAUGGUAUAGUACGUUUAUUUGAUUGCCGUAAUGCUGAUACCGUCGAUAGUGAUUAUGUUAAAUGGAAAAUACCUGGUGAGGUAGAGAAAGUGUUGUGGAAUCCAACAGACACCAAUCAUUUCAUAAUCGGCGCUAACGAUGGUAGUCUCCAUUACGCUGAUCGCAGACAACCUGAUAAACUAUUGUGGUCUAUCAAAGGACAUGAAGAGGAGAUUUCUGGUGUUUGCUUCAAUAAAGAUAUAGCCAAUUUGUUAACAUCAACAUCGACCGAUGGUAUGCUCAAAGUUUGGGACUUUAAUGUUGCCGCUAUCAAAGAGGUUUAUGCACAUGAUUUCCAAAUGGGGCGCUUACAAUGCAUGAAACAAAGUCCCGAAGAUCCAUUCACCCUAGCGCUGGGCGGCGAAAAGCCACCGCGGUGUCGCAUAUACAAUAUAAAGAACUUUGAAGCGGUGAGGAAAAUUUUCAAAAUACCAGAAGUACUUCAAUAAAAAAAUUAUAAUUUUAGUUAUGAAAUAAAUAAGAAACUUUGACUUGAGUAAAAUAGAAUACCUUUAUUUUAAAGUAUGUUGUUCGAAAAUUUUAUUUUUAUGGAAAUUAAACUAUUUGUAAAAAAA